AUGUUAGUACUGAAAAUCGUACCAAAAAUAUUGUUCGUCGGUUGUCUAAUGAUGAUGUUCAGCAAACUUUUACAUACAAAGGAUAUCAACAAGCAUCUUGUAUUCUAUCUUAUUUUAAUAGUAGUCGAAGAUUGUCAUAUUUUUUCACUUCCAUUUGAAUUUGAACAUUUGACACGUGUCGCCAAUAAGUUUCCAUCUAUAACUUUUAAUUAUGUUACUUGUUUGGAAGUUAACGAUUUAGUUCCAUUCAAACAUGAAUUCUUUGUUCGAAUUACUCGAGCAUUUCCUGUACUUAAGAAUUUAAAUAUCAUGAACCUUGUGCCACAGAAUAAUUGGUAUUUUAACAAUAAUAAUAACCAUUCAUAUACAAUCAUUGAAUAUCCUCAUCUCGUUUCACUUGAUAUUACAUUUGUACAUACUGAUUAUAUUGAGCAAUUUUUAAUGGAAACAAAAACAUAUUUACCUCGUCUAAACGAACUGAAAGUAUGUUAUGCUGGAUUAGACAUUGUUACAGAAAACUUUACACGGGAUGUAACACGACGUAAUUGUACCAAUAUAAAACAAUUAAUUACUGAAGAUAGAUUAGUGUACCCACAAGAAGUUUUCUCAUAUUUUCCUUUAUUGUAA